CGACAUCGUGCGGGACCCCCUCCCUGCCGCCGACUACCUGCCCCAGGAGGACCCCAGGGUGUUCCGGUCGACGAAGAGGGGCCAGGGACCACUGACGGACGGCUGGCUGGAGGAGCGGAGGGGGCGCCCUGAGGCGGGGGCGCUGAUGUGUGCCUACAAACUCUGCAAGGUCGAGUUCCGAUACUGGGGCAUGCAGUCCAAGAUCGAACAGUUCAUCCACGACGUGGGCCUGCGCCGGGUGAUGCUCCGCGCCCACCGCCAGGCCUGGUGUUGGCAGGACCAGUGGGCCGACCUGUCGAUGGAGGAGGUCCGGCGCCUCGAGGAGGAGACGGCGAGGGCCCUGGCCCGGAGGAUGGGCCGAGGCGGGGACGAGGCGGAGGGGGGGACCCCGGAACCGGGCCGAGGGGCGGAGGCCGAGCCCGCGGAGGGCGGAGGGGAUUGGCUGGCCCCGCAGCACGCAGGGGUCAUCACCGAACAAACUCUGUCCGAGUGGAGAAUCCAAACCAUCGCUCGGGAUUCGGAAAACAGCUCCGAGGAGGAAUUCUACGAUGCACAGGAGGAUCUGUCCGACAGUGACGAGGUUUUCUCCAAGGAGAUCAGCAAGUGGAACUCAAUCGAGUUCGUCAGCAAGUCGGUGGCGGGAGAGGCUGAGGGUGCGACCGGUGGGUGUCUGUCGGUGGUGGCGGGAGAGGCUGAGGGUGCGACCGCUGACGACUCUCCCGGUUCCCCGGACACGAUGGUGGCGUCUCCGGCUUCUGCCAUGGAUUCCUGUUCCCUGUCCGAGAGCAUUUCCUCGGAGACAGCCGCCCCUCCCUGCCCGAUCCAUUUGCUGCUCCUGGUGCUCCACGGGGGGAGCCUGCUGGACGGGGGUCCCGGGGACUCCCGGCCGGGGGACGUGUCCACGCUGAGGGCGGCCUUCGCCUCCGUCGCCCGGACCCACUUCCCCGAGGCUCGGGGUCACUUCUCCCUCCGCCUUGUGCCCUGCCCCCCCCUCUGCUCCCAGGCCUUGAGCCUGCUCUCCAGGUUGUCCCCCUUGGGGACAGAGACCGAUGGACGUCCCUCGAGGCAGGAGCCCCUCCCUCUCUCCGCCCUCCCCCUCCUCGCCACCUCCGCCGCCUCCUACCGGGAGCUGCUGACCUCAGUGGUGGGACGGGCCAACCGGGAGAUGUCCGACUUCCUCGCCUCCGGGGAGGGGGCGAACUUCAGAGGCCAGGUCUGCAUCAUCGGGGACUGUGUCGGAGGGAUCCUGGCCUUCGACGGUCUCUGCGGUGGGGGAGGGAGUCCCAGUGGAAGCCGCAGGGACAGUUUGAGUACAGGACGCCUGUCCCCGGAUAUAUCGACCCCCCCGGACCCUCCCCACAACCCCCGCCUGCAGGGGACCCGACAGCUGAGCAAGAGCGACAACGAGCUGUCAGUAAGCGGCCCCCAGGGUGGGGGGGCGGCCGGCCGGAGACCGAGCAACGCCUCGGCGUCGGAGAGCGACCUCGUCAGACCGCAGCCCAGCUUCCUCGACCGGCUGCAAGCCAACGUGCUGAAGAUGGACGCUCCCCCCGCCGUCGGCGGCCCCCCGCCCCAGCCUGGGGGGUCCGAGGGCUUCGAGUUCCAGGUGACCGACCUGUUCCUGUUUGGCUGCCCCCUGGGCCUGGUGCUCGCCCUGAGGAAGACCGUGGCCCCCAGCCUGAACCUGGCUCAGUGCCGGCCGGCCUGUGGACAAGUCUACAACCUCUUCCACCCCGCUGAUCCCUCGGCCUUCCGGCUGGAACCUCUGCUGGUGCCCGAAUUCCAGCAGGUACCCCCCUUCGCCGUGCCCCGCUACCAGAAGUUCCCACUUGGGGACGGCAACUCCUCCCUCCUGGACACGCUCCAGACCUUCCCGUCGAUCUUCCGUGACAUUACAGAGCCUUUGUCUGCCUCGGACCGGAGCCCCGGUCUCCAGCAGCCCUGCGGAGGACCCCAGCUGGUGCUGGGGACGGACCAGCAGCCCUGCGGGGGACCCGAGCCGGUGCUGGGGACGGACCAGCAGGCACCUGGAGCUGAAGAAUCAGGGACGGUCAGUGCGUCUACAGUCUUCGAGAGUUGGUGGGGUUGCAAGAGGAUCGACUACGCGCUCUACUGCCCCAAGGCGCUCACUGCCUUCCCGACCAUCACCCUCCCUCACCUCUUCCACGCCAGUUACUGGGAGUCGACGGACGUGGUGGCUUUUAUCCUUCAGCAGGUGGUCACUGACCAGGAGGGUCUCCCUCAGCAUCUGGCCGGCGAGGAGUCCGAAUUCAGCCCCCCGAUUCCCCGAGAAAGGUGGCUACGCAAACGCACCCAGGUCAAGAUCCGGAACGUUGCCGCCAACCACCGGGGCAGCGACACGGUGACCCUGGUUGGGGUCCCUCCGCUGCUGGUCGGGAGAUUCGCCUAUGGACCCCUGGACGUGGUGACGCUGACCGGCGAGAAGGUCGACGUCUACAUACAGACCCCGCCACCACUGGGGAAGUGGGUUCACUGUGGGACGGAGACCACCAACAACAGUGGACGUAUCGCCCUCCCCCUGCCCCAGGACAUGUGCCAGUCCCUGGGGGUUCACCCCGUCCGAAUGUUUGUCAGGGGGGACCGCACGUUCGCCGAGAGUUUCCUGUGGGUUGUGCCCCCUCGGUCGGAGUGCGUAGUCUUCAGUAUCGAUGGUUCCUUCGCUGCCAGUGUCUCCAUCAUGGGCAGUGACCCGAAGGUGCGGGCAGGAGCUGUGGAUGUGGUCAGAUACUGGCAGGAACGUGGCUGUCUGGUGGUUUACGUCUCUGGACGUCCCGACAUGCAGAAGCAGAGGGUGGUGUCCUGGCUGAGGCAGCACAACUUUCCCCAGGGGAUCACCUACUUCAACGAGGGGCUAGUGCACGACCCUCAGCGGCAGAAGGCUGCCUUCCUGCAGGGGCUGGUGCAGGAGGCUCAGAUGAAGAUUGAAGCUGCCUAUGGUUCCCCCAAGGACAUCUCGGUCUAUGCACUCCUCAAUAUCCCCGCCCAGCACAUCUACAUCGUGGGGCGGCCCUCGCGCAAGUGGGUGGGUCAGUGUCAGUUCCUGACGGAUGGCUACUCCGGACACCUUGCCCAGUUGGAGAGUGACCGCUCGUUGUCGGGGGCGCCCCUGCCUCCCCGCCUGGCGUUGGCCAAGGGCGGGCUGGGAGUGUCAGCGGGGGGCUGCGGCCGGACUCAGACGGGGCGCCACUGCUGUGCCCCGGAUCCCGCGGUGAUCCCCCGCUCCGACCUCUGACCCCCAGCAGGGGACGGUGACCAUCGACCCUGACCCCCAGGCGGGGUGCAGCGACCUUCACCCCUGACCCCGGGCAGGACUGGGUUGACCCCGAACCUCAAAACCCCGUUACCCCAUUUACCUGCUCACUCCAUUAUGUAGUCCCUCUGCCCAUUUUACCCUCUCGCUCAUUAAUCUCAUCCCAUUUACCCCCACACCAUUUACCCCAGGGAAGGGGUUGGCAGAGGGGCUGUUUGGGAUGGGGGUGUUAGGAAGAGGGGAGGGGGUGUCUGAGAGAGGAGUUAGAGAGUGGGGAGGGGUGUUAGGGA